AGUGAGAGAAGAAGAACCCUCGAGAGCGAUGGUCAUGGCGGACGCCGCCGCCUAGCUCUGGUGGCUUCUUCGCUCCUCGUUUCUGGGGGGUUCUCGAGCUCCAAGGCAGGAUUUCGUGUCUCCGCCACGGGGAAUCUUCAUGGAACAGUAUGAGAAGGUGGAGAAAAUCGGGGAAGGCACAUACGGCGUCGUCUACAAGGCCCGGGAUCGCAUCACAAAUGAGACGAUUGCGCUCAAGAAGAUCCGACUGGACCAGGAGGACGAGGGCGUCCCCAGCACGGCGAUCCGCGAAAUAUCGCUCCUCAAGGAAAUGCAGCACGGCAACAUUGUGAGAUUGCAAGAUGUGGUCCAUUGCGAGAAGAAGCUCUACCUGGUCUUUGAGUACCUGGACUUGGAUCUAAAGAAGCAUAUGGACAACAGCCCAGACUUCGCCAAGAGUCCACGAAUGAUUAAAACCUUUCUAUAUCAGAUGAUCCGAGGACUCGCGUACUGCCACUCGCACAGGGUUCUUCACCGCGACUUGAAGCCACAAAAUCUACUCAUCGAUCGUCGGACCAAUGCCUUGAAGCUGGCUGACUUUGGCCUCGCUCGAGCAUUCGGAAUUCCCGUCCGGACCUUCACUCACGAGGUUGUCACCUUGUGGUACCGUGCUCCAGAAAUCCUACUUGGCUCGCGCCACUAUUCUACUCCCGUAGACAUGUGGUCUGUCGGGUGCAUUUUCGCCGAGAUGAUCAAUCAGCGACCACUUUUCCCUGGAGACUCCGAGAUUGACGAGCUGUUUAAGAUUUUUCGUAUCCUUGGAACUCCCAACGAAGAGACAUGGCCGGGUGUGACGUCCCUGCCGGAUUUUAAGAGUGCGUUUCCAAAGUGGCUUCCAAAGGAUCUCGCCACGCUGGUCCCAGGCCUGGAGCACGCAGGAGUCGACUUGCUCUCCAAAAUGCUGUGCUUGGAUCCCAGCAGCCGCAUCACCGCCAGAGCUGCCCUGGAGCACGACUACUUCAAAGAUGCAGCAUCGGCGGGCGUCGAUCCAUCAACAGUGUCUGUACAGAAGGGGUGUAAGUGCUAAUAUGACCAAAAGCUUCGUGAUGUGGUGGAAUUUUUUUUCCUUUUGUUUCUUAAUACAAUGGUGUUGCGAGCA